AUGUUGAAAAUACCAGAUAAUAACAUAGGUGAAGCCUUGCAGAAAGUUAAAGUGACUUAUCAAGAGAUUCUCGACAGAAGUGUCCCCUAUGUUAAAGAGAGGUGGAUCACAUUCGGUGUCCUCUUGACAUUAUUUGUCUUUAGGAUUAUCCUUAGUCAAGGAUGGUAUAUCAUAUGUUAUGCACUUGGAAUCUAUCUUCUCAACUUGUUCUUGGCUUUCCUCACACCAAAAUUUGAUCCAUCCCUUGAACAGGAGCUGUUCUCGUCCAAUUUAGAAGAAGGGACCGACGAAGUGGAAGAGGAGUUCAAACCUUUCAUCCGCCGCCUUCCAGAAUUUAAAUUCUGGCUCAAAGCUGUGAGGGCAACUGUCUUGUCUUUGUUGACGUCUUUUUUCACUAUUUUUGAUAUUCCAGUCUUCUGGCCUAUCCUCGUGAUGUAUUUCAUCAUUUUGUUCUGCCUCACGAUGCGAAAACAGAUCCAACACAUGGUCAAAUACAGGUACCUACCUUUUGAUCUUGGCAAGACGAGAUAUGGCCGUCAGUCCCGCUAA